GAAAGUGACGUAUUCUUCAACAAACUGAAACAAACGGAAAAAGCGUCUCAGUCAAAUGAGCUACUCUGAGACACUGACAUAAGAUUUGAUAGCAUUCAUUUCGUCACUUUCGACCUUGUUAUCUGUUAAGUCAAAGUGAACUUUUGACUUUCUGAAGUUUUGAAUCAGAUGCCUUCUUUCUGCUUCAGAUUUCUGACAGCGUGUCCUGCAGUUCAUUUUCCCCCGUGAACUUCACCAGGCUGACGUCUGCUUGUGCUACUCGCAGCUGACCGCCAGAGGGCGCCACGACGCAGCAGCUACCACUCAGACUAAACUUUUUCUAAAUGAUGUUUUGCAGCGAGAGGAAAAGAAACGAGUUUAUUAUGCGAACGGUGGACUCCGUAAACAGGGAGAAGACUUUCAAACCUUCUUCCUUCUUCUUCACGCAGAUUCCCACUGAAAAUUAUUUAUUACUUGAUAUUGCACACACACACACAGUUUAAAUGUUUGGAUAUGUUCUUCUCAUUACAAUAAUAAACCAGACUUUGUUUAAAUGCAUAAAGACCUUCAUGUUUCUGACAAUCCCAAAUUUUGUCAGGUCGGAUUCUGUGUAAAUGCGUCUACAAUGUGUUGAAGAAGCACACUGAUCAAACAAGCCAUUUUAUUGCAGAUUUAACAGGUCUGAUUCAGAGACUAAAGAUGUGUUCAAACAUGCAAAACUUAGAAGAAAUAUAUUCUCAAACAUCAUUUCACACACUCAGAGUCUGAUUGUUACUCGAUGCUUUAACAUUGUUCUGAACAGAAAGACAGGACAAUAAAGUUGGUUUGAAUCUGCUCUCUGGAUGUUGGGUUUGAGGUUUAGAUGGAAGCCCAACAUGAACAAAGUCUGAGCAGACACUUAACCGUGUGUGUUUGUGAGGUUUGCCUGGCGACCUGUGGGGGUGGGUGUCAGUGUGGGAGAUGUGGUGGGGGGGUCCCUGUGGGGGGGGGGCUCCCACACAAAGCAGGGAAACAGCGAGAGCGAUGCCAUUAACUUCAAACGUUUUUCAGACAGAUGUGAGCGUCGAUAACAUCCUGCCUGCAUUUGAACGACAUCCUGUGCGCAUGCAACCUCACAGAUGGCUGAAUGAUGCUGUUGUUUGCCAGCCAAUCACUUUCUCCCGUCUGACUGGUGGGGGGGGUGCGCUUGGCAGGGACACGGGUCCCCUCUCAGUGAGAUGAAUGUACUGAGGGCUUCCGCCGGAGCUGGCAGCCCGCUCAGGAUAUUCCCUGGAAGGAGUCAUGGACCGAUGAGGAGCCUCCCUCCCCCCCAGCGAGGCAGGCAGGGACGUAAAGAGUGGGACCGACAGGAGACCCGUGGAUCCUGAGAUUCUGUGCGGUGCCAACAUGGACCCAAGUGCUCACGCUCUGGAAGUGUCAGGGGUGUUGUUUUCAGUGGGGGCCUGGCUCUGCUCGCUGGCCACCACCCUCAUGUCCACCUGGCUCACCCUGUCCACCGAGCUGCUGCCCACAGAGAGCUACGAGCUGGGGCUGUGGGAGACCUGCGUGGUGCAGGAACUGGGGGCGCUGGAGUGCCGGCCCUACGACAGCCUCCUGGGCCUGCCACCGGACAUCAAACUGGCCCGGAUCCUCAUGUGCACGACACUGGCUGCUGGGCUGCUCGGACUCCUGCUGGCCAUCCCCGGCAUGCACGUCGUCAACAGCUGCGACGACCGGCUGGAGGACCUCAGCUGCAAGAGGGGCCUGAAGAUGGCAGCGGGGGUGCUGUGCCUGGUGGCCGGCAUCCUGGGACUCGUCCCGGUCUCCUACAUCGCCCACCACACGGUCCUUCGGUACUUUGAUGACACGGUGCCGGCGGUCGUGCCACGCUGGGAGUUCGGGGACGCUCUGUUCUGCGGCUGGACGGCGGGAGUUCUUCACCUGGUGGCCGGAACGCUGCUGCUCACUUCCUGUUUGUGUGUGCAGAAGCAAACCCGUAACACACCUGCGCCCCCCAUCCCUCUGGUGAAGGUGCACCCGGGACGGCCCUCUGUCAGGACCAGGUCCGAGUACGUCUGAGACCGAGUCUGUUUCUACAUCCCCUCUUCUCGUUUAAUUUGUCUAAUUAGUCACUCAGUCCAAAAGCCCCAAAGUCCCCACAGAGAACAAACUGUUUUCUCCACAAAGAACAAAACCGGAUUUUCAUUUCCAAAACUCAGAAUCUUCUUGUGAGGUUUUCAGAAAAGCAAAAGCAAAUGCGGCCAAACAGAUCAGAAACAGAAUAUUUUUAGAUCCGUCCUGAUUUAAUCGUUAAAGAAAACACUUUUCCAGGUGUCAGUUGUUUCCACCUCCUGCAGCUCGCGACUCGACUCGAGUCCAGCCUGACAGACUGCAGGAAACUUCAGGUCUGAAAUCUUUAAACUGUGUGUGAGCACUGAGAAAAUCAGCACUUUUAUUGUGUUAUUUAGAAACUUUUCUCUGAAUUUAAAGUUUCAACAAAGUUUGGCUGCUAAAAUUGAAAUGUUAAGCUUGAUGAAUGAUUUCACAGGUUGAGGAGCUUUAAGAGUUUGGUCGUUUCAGAAAACGUGUUGCUGUUUCCUGUUUGUUUGAUUCUGUUUAAACGUGUCCUCAUGUGCAGAGGAGGUUUUAUCAAAGCACAUUCAAAUCCUUUUUAUCUGCGGCAUCACUGCUGUAAAAAUAUCCCAUCGACUGACUGUAACAUAUGAAAAGGGAACAAUUGAUGAGUUUAAUUUGACAUAAAACAAACGUGGAUCAGACAAACUGCAGCUGAAUUUGUGACUGAAAGAAAAAGAAGCUGCUGGUGUGUUUGUUGCCUUCAAUCAGACGCAGAAUGAAGAUUGUUAAGAUCACUUUUUGUUUCUGAACAUCAUCAGCAGACGAUUGUGAAGAUGAGUGAAUGUGAAUAAAAUGAAUUAAAUCAGAGUGAACCCUGAUUGUGUUGUGGCUCAUUGGGAAAACAUUCAGAGCUGAACGAAUAUUUUCUGGGAAAUUUAAUCCCUCUGAGAAAAGAGCGAAGACCCUCCUCUUCGUGGUUUCACUGGAGGCUCCUGACGAAUCCACAGCAUCUAACUGGUGUUCACACGGCGACACGGCGAGUUUCAGGUCCUGGUCUCACUGGACGCCUGCAGCCUGAGUGCUGCCUUUGUUCUGCCUUCACAAUACACUCAUUAUCCCCCCGUCAGCCCCCCACGGUCUGACUAUCUGCCUCCAGCCAGCAGCUCGGUCCACAUCAGUCGACCACGGCAACUGCAUCACAUGACCUCAACAUGGAGAAGUCAGCAGACCAACAAAUUCAAAAACUCAACUUCAAGCGGAUCAAUCAGAGAGUAAAUUCAGAUCAGAAACUUCUGCGUCUGUGCCUGGCGUCGUCGCUCCUCCUGAGUUUAAGAACCAAUAAAACAAAGACUUAUGGAAAGGCAGACGCAGGCGCAGAUGCAGGCACGGAUGCGACGCAAACGCAGACGCAGGCAUGGACGCAGACGCCAAUGUUUGCUCCCUGAUUGGGUCUUAUUGGCCGCGAUGUGUCCUUCCCUGAUUGGUCACGUGAGCCUUUUAAAGACAGAUAAUUCAACAGGAUGAUGAAGAUGUGGUUUAAAUCUGACAGAUGAUCAACCAUAAAGAACAUAAAACACUUGAUGGUGAACAUGUUGUCAUGUUCCUCCUUCAGCAGGUCCUGACAGCAAUACGGAAACACGAAAGAGCCGGAGCUGCGGUAUCUCAGCCCGCCGGCUUCUCUUUAAUUGCUCUUUUCCUGUCUGGGACAAUAGAGGCGUGAUUGAUCAACAGGAGUGGACGGACAGGAAGCGAACCCGUCGCCCUCACAUUGUUUCACAGGGAAACGCUGACGGACUCGAGACGGUCCUGAUCGACGCAGGACGAACAGCUGAGGACACUUCUUACCCUUGACAAAUGAUCUUCAAACAGCGAAUCCGGACUGUUUCACACAGCAAACAGUCUCAAAUGGCCGACUGCAAUCGCACAGCAGGGACGAAGGAAGGAAAUGAAUCAAAGCUAAUCUGCAGGAGCCUCGUCGGCUAACCAAGACAAAAAUAAAACCAUAAAUUACAUUAACUUUAUAAAACUCUUUUUAAAUGCUGGCAGCUGAGGAAGCACACGGAAGGCGUAUUUCAGGACACACUCAUCAAUAAUCACAUCCUGACUCUGUGUAUUGAUUUCUUACAACAAGUAAGAGACGUCAAAGAUGAUAAAAACUCUGCAGACUGGACUGAGGUGUCACAU